AUAGAAUUGCAGAACAAAAAAAUCAAGCUUGAUUAAGAUAUCGUCAAAAAUCGUCUUUUCAUCCCAUUUCUAGAGCAAUAAGUUCUUCAAAAUGCUGAUCAAAGUGAAGACCUUAACCGGAAAGGAAAUCGAGAUCGACAUUGAACCUACAGACAAAGUGGAUCGGAUCAAGGAAAGGGUAGAGGAGAAGGAAGGAAUACCCCCGCAGCAGCAGCGUCUCAUCUUUUCCGGCAAGCAGAUGAAUGACGAUAAAACGGCACAGGAUUACAAAGUGCAAGGCGGUUCCGUGCUCCAUUUGGUCCUGGCACUACGCGGUGGCCGACAGUAAAUAAAAACUAUCUUGCAAAGCCGGAAGUGGGAAUGAUUUAUACGAUGCAUGUAAAACAACGGGAUCCGCAGGCUGGGAUGAACAACUGUAAGAUGAAAAAACUCACUCUUAUUCUCUUUUCUCAUAAGGUCUAAAUUAUUCUGUUUUACUGUAAUUUGAUGAAGAAUAAAAA